AGGAAGAGGACGAGGAAGAAGAAGAAGAAGAAGAAGAAGAAGAAGAGUAGUUAAAUUUGUCAAACGAAUCAGUGAUGGGUUAUCAGUGUAUACUGGGGAGAUGGUGACGAUUUUGUUGUCAUUGCAGUCGAUUGAAGAGGUGACACCUAACAGGGCAGUAUUAUGUUCUGAUUCCAGUUCACAUUGACAUCACACUAUCCUUUAGUCAAACGGAAAUGAAGACAUAAGCAUAAGUUAACAAAAAGGUGUCAAAAGCAAUGGGAAGAAAAGAAAACAGGAAGGUGGUUUUGACCGAAUUCAAAGAAAAGUAUAUAUAUACUUUUAUAACUCCAUACCAGUUGGUGGCGGUAAUGCACCAUAACGUUGUUUGCUGACCUUAUAUAACAUCAAAAAGAAGAAGAGUAUCCACCGGAGGGCUAAAACCAUAGGGUAAAACAAGCAUGGCCGGAAACAUGAGUAGCAGCUUUGCCCCUAUAACUAGUUCUCUGUCUAAAUUGCAGUCUCUGAAUGGGCUCUUUGCCAUUUAUAAAAAACAAGGGCCUACGUCAGCAGAAUUGUUGAAUACGUUCAAAGAGGCUCUGCUCAAAGAAGCCGGUGUACAAAACCCAAAUCCGCGAAAGAGAAAGAAGCAGAGCCUGAAGCUGGGGCAUGGAGGGACUCUGGACAGUGCUGCCAGUGGAGUGUUAGUUGUUGGUGUUGGAUAUGGCACAAAAAAGCUCAGUACCAUGUUAGCGGGUUCAAAGAAAUAUGUUGCUGUGGGGGAGCUGGGAAAAGCAACAGACACUCUUGAUGCUACUGGUAAAGUGAUUUUAGAGAAAGACUUUGAACACAUUACCAGGCAGGACUUUGAGGAGAAGCUGAAAUCCUUCACUGGUGACAUCAUGCAAGUUCCUCCACUCUACUCUGCUCUGAAAAAGGAUGGCCAGCGUCUGUCUGUCCUGCUGAAAAAAGGUCACAAGGUUGAGGCCAAACCUGCUAGACCAGUCACUGUGUACAACCUGACUCUGCAGGAGUUCAAGCCUCCUUUCUUCACUCUAGAUGUUGAAUGUGGUGGGGGAUUUUAUGUCAGAAGCUUGGUGGAUGACCUGGGGAAAGUGUCUCCAUGCUGCAGCUCUGUCAUCCUGUGCUCAUGUGAAGAAUCUGGUGCGGACCAAGCAGGGUCAGUUCACCCUGGAGGAGCAUGCCUUACACGAGGAGCAGUGGACACUGGAGCAUGUCCUGCACUCUCUGCAACCCUGUACAGAGUCGGAGCAGGGUACUAAACCAUCAGAUCAACACAAUGUGAACAGGACCCAGGCUAAUAAUAUGACAUGACUAACUUGUUUGGCUUUUCAAUGAAGAAAACAGUUGGUCUCAGUUUGGCUAUUUGUCUUGGUUAUUUUAGGGUGUGUUUGUUAAAAUCAUAACAAAUUGAGACACUUGUUGAAACCUCUUUUUGAGGACUCUUUUGACCAGUGUCAUUAUUCCCGCCCUGGACUUUAGAUUUUUGAGUCCACGUGGUUUCUAUUUGUCUCUGUCUCACCUGCAGUUUAAUUUUAGUUUAAUUUGUGAAUAGUUAUGUAUUUGAACUUUGUAAACACUCCAACCCCAGCUUCUAUCUUCAUUUUCUCAUUGUCCCCUUAUUAAAGUGUUAGGUAAUAGAAACCCAAAGUGUGUGUGUGUGUGUGUGUGUGUGUGUGUGUGUGUGUGUGUGUGUGUGUGUGUGUGUGUGUGUGUGUGUGUGUGUGUGUGUGUGUGUGUGUGUGUGUGUGUGUGUGUGUGUGUGUGUGUGUGUGUGUGUGUGUGUGAAAAAUACAGUAUCACUGCUCUAUGAAACUGAGAAGGAAAGGCUGUGAUAGGAAAAAGUGCUUGACAAUACACACAGGAAAUAGACUGGUGGUAUAUUAAACAUAAUUUAGGGAAGCAUGACCCACUACUGGACCCAUGAUGAAAAGGUUUAGAGUAUUACUUUAUUUUUGUAGAAAUUCUGUAUAAAGACAGAUUUUUCUGUGUGUGACACAGUUGUGAGGAAUCUUUGAAAAAUCAGAAAUAUUGACUUCAGUUGUAUUAUGAUAUAAUGGUAAAUCAGUUAUGGUUUAUAUGCAUGGUCUUGUUUUGGACCUAACAUGCAUUUCUUACAAAGCAGGAAAAAUAUAUGAAUCAGUUGAUUUGCAGCAAAGGUCAAAACAGUGCUCUCUUUUCAUGAUCUCCACAUCUGUUGUUUCAUCAGCACUGUUGUAUGCCAUGUUUUCUGUAUUUUCAGAUUGAAUAAAUAUUCAAGUGAAACUAU